AUGGCUCCCGGCCAGGUGCUGCAGGUGCAACAGGCCCUGUACAAGGCACACCAGCAGCAGGCACAUGAUCAGGCUUCCCCGCCGAUGAGGCAUAUCGAGAGGUCGCAGGCCAUACCGCCGGGGAGGAAUGUGCCGACGAGCGGCGCCAUGCCGGGCACCAUGGGCUCGGACCCAUCCACUGGAGGUGCCGGUAGUGUUGAUAACCGUAAGGAUAUGGGAAUGGGGCUUGUUGGCGCGGGUGUAGCGCCAGGAGUGGAGUUUUCUCAGGAACAAGUUCGUAAUCUCUCGGAUGAGGAUUUUAGGAGAGUUAUUGCCGUCACGGGUCACAACAAUUCGGCUUUCAACUUUGGAAAUAUGAGCAACGGAAACAUUGGUAAUCCUGCAGUCUCGUCUGCCGCUCCAAUUGGAAAUUGGAUGGGGCAGUUUGCAAACAUGAGUGGCGUCAGGGUUAAUGACCAGGUCCACAUGAAUGGCCACAACUUUCCUUUGAAUCAGGUGCUCGCCAUGAACCAAAAGCAAAUGCAACAAGCCCGACAGCAACAGCUCCGGACUGCGAAUGCCGCCGCAGGGGCUGCUGCAGCGAAGCAAGGUGUGCACAACUCUGCUGCGAACGCUGCCGCUGCAGGUAUGACUGUCCCGCAGGUGGACGCUAUGUUUGCUGAGAACGCCAGGUUCCAAAAGCAAGGUGCUUCUCAGCAGAAGGACGCAGCAUUAGCUAAUGCUUUUCUCGCAGCAAAUAGACCGCGUAGCUCUCAACCCCAGCACAGUAACGCCCGUGGUCAAAUGCAGGAUAGCAACGGUGCAGCAGCAGCGGCUGUAGCUGCUGCCGGCAUGACUUCUGUUGCAAUGGUUAACGUUCAAAACGCAAUGGCCUCAACGGCUGCUGUCAAUCAGGCUACUCCUGCAACAUCUGCAAACCCUGAAGUGGAGGAGGUUUGGGCAAAGUUGACGGAGGUACGCCGAAAGUAUUUGGAACGUUUGAACCGCCUGCUUCCCGCCAUUCGCAGGAUACGAGGAAGCCCAGCGCACGAUCAACCGGAUCCGGUUUUGAAACACUUAAGAGAUUGCGUUAAGAUUCUCAAUUUUCAGAGAGGCUCGCCACAUGCUGAGGAGUUAACGUUGCAAGUCUUGGGUCGUGCUGAAAGCUAUAUCCAGAAGGUGUUGUCUACGUAUGAGCAGCGGGUCAAGGACCUGAUGCUCAAUGACGAACGACAACGCAGAGUAGUAGCGGGUGGCAUAGCCGGCGAUGACACUUCUGGAAGUACGCAGACAAGGCAAAAGGUACCAAACAUGCUUGGGGCCACCGGAAUGUCACAAGCUGGGAAUCAAGAUGGAACUGCAGCUCAUAGUCUUCAGCAAGGAGUCCAUCCUCAGGACCCUCAGCAGUUUGCCCGGUUGCAACAGCACCAGGCCCAGGUUCGUGACCGAAGAAUGUUCAUGAAAAUGCGAGCUCGUCAGCAGCAGCAGCAACAACAGAAGCAGCAACAGAAGCAGCAACAGCAACAGCAACAGCAGCAGCAGCAGCAGCAGCAGCAGCAGCAGCAGCAACAGCAGCAACAGCAACAGCAGCAGCAGCAGCAGCAGCAGCAGCAGCAGCAGCAGCAGCAGCAGCAGCAGCAGCAGCAACAGCAGCAGCAGCAGCAACAGCAGCAACAACAGCAGCAGUAUAAGCAGCAGACGUCACAGCAGCAGCCUCUGUCUUCCUCGCAGAUGCCAUCUAUUCUUCCACAGCAAUCACAGCAAAUGUCACACCAGCAACGGCCAGGAAGCGCUCAGCUUGCGCAAGACUUGGGCUCGGAGGGCUCGAAGUUGGGAAGCAAGGUCGCCGCAGCAAAAGCUGCGAUGGGAAGAGGGCGAGGGGCGCAGGCAAGAGGCGUGCGUGGAAACCAGGGUAUGGCCUCCUCUCGAGGUCUGGCUGGAUCGAUGCAGCCGCAAGUAUUGUCGCAAGCAAGAGCUUCAUCACAGAUGCAGGCUCAAGCACGGGCACAGACACAAGCAGAAACAAGCGCUCAAGCCGCGCAAGCGCACGCUGUCGCAGCAAGGCAAGCACAGGCCACGCAGGCUCAAGCCGUCGCACACGCACGGGCUGCUGCGCAAGCUCAAGCGCACGCUGCUCAAGCGCAAGGGCAGCCUGGCCAAGUGAAAGCCCAGGAAAUGCUUCAGAACCCCAAUAUUCGAGCGCAACAGUAUCGAGCGCGGCAAGGUGUUGCGCUGCGUGCACAAUCCGCUCGCAACCAAAAGGCUAUUUUGCGGCAAAGUGUUGGCCAACACGGCCUCCCUCCGUCUGGGACUUUAGCGAAUGGUAAGAUGGCACACCCUGGCGCCGCGGGAGUACCAGGCUGGAAUGGAAUGCAGACCGGGAUGAGCGCGAUGUCGAAUGCAGCGGCUGCACCCACCCGUCCAAAAAUCUCAGAAAUGGCGACCCAACUACAAUACCAGAAAACUGAGAGGCUAGUUCACGAGGCUGUGCAACAGGCGCGAGAAUACCAAGAGCGCGCGGGCAGUGAGCAAAACAGGACCAAGCUAGAACGAAUUCACAACACGCUUGCCGCUCUCCGAAACAGCUCGAGUAUCAAGGGAUCGGAUGUGGAGGGGAAGAAUAAGGGUAGAAAACGGCAAGCUUCGCUUGUAGACGUAGAUAAUUUUGGAGACAAGGAUGGGGUUAUCAAAUCCAAGGCUGUGUUUGAAUGCUCUAGCGAAGCUGGUCUGCGGUUGGCCAAGCGACCAAGGAAUGAAGCUCAAGAACUGAAAUCCUUGCGUGAGGCCGUGGAGGCCGACUGCAAGGCUGCACAGGAAAGAAAUCCUUUAUUGAUGAUUGAUAUCAUAGAGGAGUUUGGACAGCCCGUCGUGACGUGCCUAUUGAACAUUCAAGAGAUUCGGUUGCCCAAGCUUAUCCUUCGAGUGCAGAGGGGGUACCCACGGAAAGGAGGGGCUACGUACGGAUUUGAGCGACCGCCGAUGGGAUGGGUCGACGUUCUCGAUGAGAUUCGGACGCGGUUUAAGAGAGCACUGGCCACAGCGCCGGCUUCGUCUGUUGGGGUAGCAGCUUUUCUGGAGGCAUGGGCACGAGAAGCGGAUGCAGUCAUCAACGGCUCGUAUUUGUCCGAAGAGCAUUAGCGUGAUCUCUAGAUUGUCGCCUCGUAUCUGUGCGAGCAACGUUAACGUGAUCUCGAGGUUAAUUGUGUUGUAAAUGAACAAUGUUGCAUACUGAUGUACUGAUGUACGUAAUGCCUAUAGAA